AUGUCUUUGUGUUGCGCUCUAAGCAAUGAAGUGCCGGAAGUGGCGGUUGUGUCCACACAAUCGGGUGCCGUCUUCGAGAAGCGCCUGAUCUUGAAGUACAUCGAAGAACACGGCGUCGACCCCAUCGAUGGCCAGAAGUUGACGGAAGACAUGUUGGUUGAGAUAAAGACGCCUGCUAUAGUGAAGCCGCGGCCGCCAUCGGCGACGAGUAUCCCCGCGAUCCUGAAGAGUCUUCAGGACGAAUGGGACGCAGUUAUGCUGCACUCAUUCACUCUGAGACAACAGCUCCAGACGGCCCGACAGGAGCUCUCGCACGCCCUCUACCAACACGACGCCGCCUGUCGUGUGAUCGCACGGCUCACCAAAGAGGUGACGGCCGCCAGGGAGGCGUUGGCCACACUUAAGCCCAAAGCGGGCGCCUCUCAGACCAACCAAAUGAACAAUCAGUUCAAUGCCGGCGACCAGUUGUCCGAACACAUGGAGGAGACGGGCAUUACUUCUGAAGUAUUGGACAAACUCGAGAACAAGGCGUCAGUCCUAACGGCCGAACGCAAGAGACGCGGCAAAACAGUUCCCGAAGAAUUGGCAAAACCAGAGGAAUUGCGAGCUUUUAAGACAUUGGCGUCUCAUUCAGGUCUUCAUAGCGUUAGUAUUCCUGGGAUACUAUCGGUUGAUAUCUGUCCGACCGAUACAAAUAGGAUACUAACCGGUGGUAACGAUAAGAACGCGAUUGUCUUCAAUAAAGACAACGAACAAGUGAUUACUUCACUCAAAGGCCACACAAAGAAAGUAACUUCAGUUAUAUAUCAUCCAAAUCAAGACACUGUCAUCACUGCAUCGCCUGACAGUCAGAUCCGUGUCUGGCAUUUGCCGACCGCACAGACCCUUCAAGUGGUCCGCGCACACGACGGCCCCAUCACUGCCAUCAGUCUUCACGCGACCGGCGAUUACGUGUUGAGCACAUCAACCGACGAGCACUGGGCCUUCUCUGACCUCCACACCGGGCGUGUGCUCACCAAAGUGGGCGACACGUCUACCCCACACGCCCUGACCACCGCACAGUUCCAUCCGGACGGCCUCAUCUUCGGCACCGGCACUUCCGACUCACUGAUCAAGAUAUGGGACCUCAAGGAGCGCAGCAAUGUGGCCAACUUCCCCGGACACUCGGGAUCCAUAUCCGCGAUGUCUUUCUCGGAAAAUGGCUACUAUUUGGCCACUUCUGCCGACGACUCGGCCAUAAAGCUCUGGGAUUUGCGAAAACUCAAGAACUUUAAGACAAUAGUCUUGGAGGAGAAUUAUCAGGUGAAGGACCUCUGCUUCGACCAAAGUGGCACUUAUUUAGCGGUCGCCGGAACUGAUGUCAGGGUUUAUAUCAGCAAACAGUGGGAGAACUUGAAGACUUUUACCGACCACACGGCGGCCGCAACUGGAGUUCGCUUUGGACACGACUCUCGGUAUUUGGUUUCUGUGAGUUUGGAUCGUUCUCUUAAGAUAUACGGCCUCUAA